AUUCUGAUACGAGGUACUUUUCACUUUUGUCGCAGGUUUCUGUCUCCAAUCUUCAACAAGGUUGGAACUGAAAGUUAGUCUAAUUAACACCGUCCACCAUGGCUGGAGCUUUCACUUGUUCCGCCUCCGACCUCCACAACCUUCUCGGCUCCGGCGAAAACUCAACCGCCGCAGCCGAAUACAUUUGUGGCGGCUUCAAUGCCGUCGCAAACAAAUUCACUGACACUUCCUUCGCUGUGGACAACACCUACCUUCUGUUCUCUACUUACCUUGUUUUCGCAAUGCAACUCGGUUUUGCCAUGCUCUGUGCUGGUUCCGUUCGUGCGAAAAACACCAUGAACAUUAUGUUAACCAAUGUUCUUGAUGCUGCAACCGGUGGAAUCUUUUUCUACAUUUUUGGUUUUGCCUUUGCUUUUGGAACACCCUCCAAUGGUUUCAUUGGGAAACAUUUCUUUGGCCUUAACGAUUUCCCUUCUGAGUCUUUUGACUAUGGAUUUUUUCUGUUUCAAUGGGCUUUUGCUAUUGCUGCAGCAGGGAUCACAAGUGGCUCAAUUGCUGAAAGAACCCAAUUUGUUUCUUAUUUGAUUUAUUCAUCUUUUUUAACCGGUUUGGUUUAUCCAAUUGUUGCUCAUUGGUUUUGGUCUGCUGAUGGUUGGGGAAGUCCUGUUAGAUCUGAGAAUCUUUUGUUUGGUUCUGGUGUUAUUGAUUUUGCUGGUUGUGGUGUUGUUCAUUUGGUUGGUGCUGUUGCUGGUUUUUGGGGUGCUUUUAUUGAAGGUCCUAGGAUUGGUAGAUUUGAUCAUGAAGGAAAAUCUGUUUCAAUUAGAGGACAUAGUGGUACUUUAAUUGUUAUGGGUACUUUUCUUUUGUGGUUUGGUUGGUACGGUUUUAACCCUGGUUCAUUUCUCAACAUUUUGAAAAUUUAUGGUGAAAGUGGUAAUUUUUAUGGUCAAUGGAGUGCUAUUGGUAGAACAGCUGUGACAACAACAUUAGCUGGAUGUACAGCAGCACUAACUACUUUGUUUGGUAAAAGGAUUCAAACAGGUCAUUGGAAUGUUACUGAUGUUUGUAAUGGUUUACUUGGUGGUUUUGCUGCUAUAACUGCAGGGUGUUCUGUUGUGGAUCCAUGGGCUGCUAUGAUUUGUGGAUUUGUUGCUGCUUGUGUUUUAAUUGGAUGCAAUUUAUUGGCUGAAAAGUUUCAAUAUGAUGACCCUCUUGAAGCUGCACAACUUCAUGGUGGUUGUGGAACUUGGGGGAUAAUUUUCACUGCCUUGUUUGCUAAGAAACAGUAUGUGAAUGAGGUUUAUUCUGGCUCACCUGAUAGACCUUAUGGAUUGUUAAUGGGAGGUGGUGUAAGAUUGUUGGCUGCACAUGUUGUUCAAAUUUUGUCUAUUGUUGCUUGGGUGAGUGUUACUAUGGGGACAAUGUUUUUUGUUCUUCAGAAAUUGAAUUUGCUUAGGAUAUCACCUGAGGAGGAAAUGGCUGGCUUGGAUUUGACUAGUCAUGGUGGAUUGGCUUAUGAAUAUCAUGAAGAGGCUGAUCAGGAAUAUGCAAAGAAACGUGGAUUUGGAACAACUGUUUGAUUUGUUUCUUCAAGGAGGGAACUAUUCAUUUCAAUUUGUAAAUUACUACUACUACAAUGUUAUGACUAGAUUACAUAUAACUAAUUGCCUAUUGGAAGACAACAACAUAAAGUUGUAUAUUCCUUCUCAUGUUCAUGUUUUUUUUAAUUAUUUAAUAA